CCAAGUCAAGAUGCCGCCGCCACCACCGCACCACCAUCACAACCCACCGCCCCAUGGGCCUCAACCGCCUUUCCAGACGCCGGUGCAUCCCAUUUACUACGAACCAACUCCCGGGAACCCCGGAAAUAGUUCCGGCUUCAGCCCACCGCCACCACACGGUCCUUAUCCAUACCCGCCUGAUCAAGGAUACGUGGCGCCUGGACCUCCAAUGCACCCUCGAUAAGGACUGAACUAUAAAGUGGACUUCUAAAGUAUAAUGUGAUAAAUAAAUUAACAAUCUAUUCUAAAAAUA